GCGGGAGCUGCAGCGACAAUGACUCCCUGGCUCGGGCUCGUCGUACUCCUGGGCAGCUGGAGUCUGGGAGACUGGGGCGCUGAGGCGUGCACAUGCUCGCCCAGCCACCCCCAGGACGCCUUCUGCAACUCCGACAUCGUGAUCCGGGCCAAGGUGGUGGGAAAGAAGCUGGUGAAGGAAGGGCCCUUUGGCACUCUGGUCUACACCGUCAAGCAGAUGAAGAUGUAUAGAGGCUUCACCAAGAUGCCCCACGUGCAAUACAUCCACACAGAAGCUUCAGAAAGUCUCUGUGGCCUUAAGCUGGAGGUCAACAAGUACCAGUAUCUGCUGACAGGCCGUGUCUAUGAUGGCAAGAUGUACACAGGGCUGUGCAACUUUGUAGAGCGGUGGGACCAGCUCACUCUCUCCCAGCGCAAGGGGCUGAACUAUCGGUAUCACCUGGGCUGUAACUGCAAGAUCAAGUCCUGCUAUUACCUGCCUUGCUUUGUGACCUCCAAGAACGAAUGUCUCUGGACCGACAUGCUCUCCAAUUUUGGCUACCCUGGCUACCAGUCUAAACACUAUGCUUGCAUCCGGCAGAAGGGGGGCUACUGCAGCUGGUACCGAGGAUGGGCUCCCCCGGACAAAAGCAUCAUCAAUGCCACAGACCCCUGAGCACCAGACCUGUCCCCAGUUCACUUCCCUCCCUUCCCGCUGAGCUUCCCUCGGACACUAACUCUUCCCAGAUGAUGACAAUGAAAUUAGUGCCUGUUUUCUUGCAAAUUUAGCACUUCGAACACUUAAAGAAAAGUCUAUGCUGUCAUAUGGAGCUUAUUUGGAACUAUCCUCCUGGCCCCACCCUACCCCUUCUUUUUGUUUUUGAUAUCACCCGUUUCCACCUGGGAAUUUCUGGUGCCAUGCCAGAAAGAAUGAGGAAUGUCUCCUCUUCUUCAUGACAAUAUAAUCUAUAUUUUUUUAGGAAAACAAAAAUUGAAAAACUACCCCAUGCGGGCAUUGUAAUAUCUACACCUGUUUCUUGUUCCCACUUCACCAUCUCCCAGAUCCUCCUCCCUUUUCCCUUAUUCUCCACCCCAAUACACAAAGGUCACAGACAAGGACAUUGCUGAAAGGCCAACUGUUUCAGGAUCAGAAGGGCCCAAGCAGAUAGACUUGAGGUAUGGGGAAGAUCAAUACACUGCGAAGAUGCUACUGCAUGUCCCAACCAGGUUGUGUUUGCUUGUGUCUGCAUGCAAGCAUGAUGGAAGAAAGGAAGAAAUUACAAGACAGGGUCAGUGAUGAUGCAGCACAAUUCCCCCAACCCAUGAUGCUUGGGUUGACCAGAUGUUUCUGAGUCUAGAGCAACUAGCCAGGCCAGAAUAACAGAGCUUUCUUAGUUGGUGAAAACUUAAAUGUCUGCCUGAGGUCAGGAGGCAAUUUGCCUGCCUUGUAUAAAAGCUCAGGUGAAAGACUGAGAUGAAUGUCUUUCCUCUUCCCACCUCCCAGAAGAUUUCCUCCUGGAAAACUCUAGUAGACUUGGCUGGGGGGUUUUGCCUUUAUGUAUAUUGGAGAAAUACACUCACCAUACACUAUCCACAGAUAUAGCCAAGUAGAUUUGGGUAGAGGAUGCUAUUUCGGAAGUAGUGUUUAGCUCACAUAGGGGGAUGUGUUUGUAUACACAUUUGCAUAUACCCACACGGGGACAUAAGCUAAUUUUUUACAGGACACAGAAUUCUGUUCAAUGCUGUUAAAUACGCCAAUAGUUUAAUAUCUCCUAUUUUGUUGUUGUUGCUUGUUUGAAGAAAAUUAUGACAUUCCAAGUUGAUCUUAUUUUUCAUUUUAAUUAAAAUUUGAAAUUCUGAAAACCCUUAGGACCCUCUUUUCCCCAUAACUGGGGUCCUCUGACCUCUGUCUCCUUUUCUCCUGCUUUAUGUUUGGGGGGGCCUCCAUUAAACUGCCUUACUGGUUGGCUUAGAUGGCAGAUGAGAGUUACUGUGGAUCAGGGGCCUGGUCUCAGGAGGGAUAGUGGUGGAGUGUCCUGCCUUGGCUGGAUGGCCACCUCUCCUGGGUUUGAAGACAAUUCAUUAUCCUUCCCUCUGCUCACUGGCGGUGAAUGCCACCUCUUGAGGGCCUCACCUCAUAGAAUUAAAAUUAGUGAUCACUGAGGAGCCUGACUCUGAGAUCAGCUGUAGGGUUCUUGCUGUGUUUCUUGAAAUAAACCUAUAAUAUAAAUUCUCCUAUGAAGUAAAAUUAUUUUAAAUUUUAGGGUUGAAAGUGAGAAGCCAAGAGUAGGUGAUAAUGUAUACUUUACAGAGUUGGGGAUGAUAGGAUGGUGACAUUUAACAUGACUGCUCUCACAUUUUUCAGAGUAUGGGUAUUUAUUCUUUAGUAUCUGUAUCUUCAGUUCAUUCCACUUUAGGAAACAGAGCUGCCAACUGAAACAGGAGAGAAAAAAAAAAAAAGCAGACAACGCACUGUAGUGUCUUGCACACACACACACACACACACACACACACACACAAAUGCCCAGGCAAGGAGUUUACCAGAACUCCCAAGUGGGAAGACAGAAAAGGCAUCAGGUUUCUUUGGGAUUGAUUUAAUUACUUUGUACCUUUCCCUUGUGGUCACACAAUUUUACAGGGGGACAUGAGAAGCUGGUCCUGGCUGUGGGGCAGUAUGAACAUGUGGAAUGGAGAUGAGCAGGCCAGUGGUUUUCAAAGGGUGGACCCUGCAUUUGACAUGUAGGAGUUUUCCAAAUUUCACUUCAAGUCUUGCAAGAUAGAGCUCCUGACCCAAUCUGCACAGGUGCCCUCCCAUAUACACAGCCAUCAGCAUCUCUUUUGUGAGGCAUCUGGCCAUUCUUGGUCUCUGGUGUGGUCACCUCUACUUACACAAGGAGGGACCUGGGGUGAGGCUUGAGCAUGAGGUACCUGAAGUUUCCCAGAAGAGUAGAUAAAUUGAUGAAACCACAGUCCUAUUUGCUAAACCCUGGUGAGGAGGUCUGGGCAAAGAAGAGUGUUUUGCAAAGUGAUGUUGUCAGAGGGCGGUUUUUGAGCUUUCUAUAAGCUAUAGCUUUGUUUAUUUCACCUGUUCACUUACUGUAUAAUUUAAAGUCAUUUAUGUAGCUGAGACACUUCUGUAUUACAAUCAUAUCGUGAAUGUUUUAUUUUGCUAAAUCUUGUGUCAUAUGUAGACUGUAAUAUGUGUCAUUGUGUUUAAGAAAGAAAAAAAAAAAAAAAAAAAGAAACCCACAUGCCGCCAUUUUCCUGAAUCAAAUUCUACAGUAGAAUGGAGGGUAAAAACUUCUAUUGGGCAGACAGCUAGACUGGCGAAUCGAACUAACCAGUAACUGAGACUCCUCCAGCUUCCACCCUAUCAGAAGCCUACUGGCCCCUGGAGUACAAAGAAGAAGGAAAUAAAAUUAGGAAUUACAUUCACAUCCUGUUCUACACCAGUUGGCCCUGAGGACACUGCUACUCCCCUCAGCACCCCAAGUCCCUCUGCCCACUCAAUUGAGAAACCAUGAUUUCUCCUAAAAAUCCAAGGCAACAGGAGGUAUGAGUCCAAGAUCUCUGUGCCUCCUCUGGGCAUUUCUUCUGACUCCCAGUUGAGUAAGCCCAUGGCCAGGUCUUGCCUCCGAGGCCAGUGCUCUGCAAUGGCCAAAGUAGGUAUUACUAGGAGACUUCUGUUUUCACACUGCCCCCAGCUCCAGCUUGCCUAUAGUGGUUGAGCUACAGCUCAUGAAUACCAUUUUUCACACCAUGGUUCUUGAACAAUUAAAGAAAUAAAUGACUUAUUGGAAUAGGUCUGUCUAGGAGAUACUGUGACCCUUGGAGACAGUACCCUGCCCCAGCCUUUCCCAUUCAUCUUGUAUGUGAUGAUCAACAAUGUGGAUUGCCUCAAGAUGGCACCCAGGUUUUUGGUUCCUGGCUACCUAAAGUAAAAACAUCAUUAGGGUAUCAGAAAGAAAUGUUUUAAAAGUCUAAUGUCAAAACAAAAUGGGGGAAUGCAAAGGAGGUAGAUAUCAACAACUUCAAAUUGGCUCUUUGAAGGUGAGAGGAAGAAAGAACUUAGAGAAUUGUUCACACUUUGGGUUAGGGGCUCCUGAGAGUCUCCUGUGCCUCCAUUUUUCCCUUUAGCCAGUGUGCUGUCCUGAAACCCAGAAGUGAUGGAGCGAAACCAACCAGAGAAAACCCAGUCUGGAAGGAAUGUAUUUGUUGCUAAAUUUUGUAGCACUGUUUACAGUUUUCCUCCAUGUUAUUUAUGAAUUUUAUAUUCCGUGAAUGUAUAUUGUCUUAUAAUGUUGCAUAAUGUUCACUUUUUAUAGUGUGUCCUUUAUUCUAAACAGUAAAGUGGUUUUAUUUCUAUCACA